CUCCCCACCAGAGAGGCACCCCCAAUUGCCCUUAAACUAGUUCUCUAGCUUCCCAGCCAUGGCUUCCAACAAGCUCUCGGCCACCAUUCUAGUCGUCUCUCUCCUUUGCUACUCCACGGUCACUACCGCUUGCAGUGGAUGCCUGCCGGGACUGCCGUACCCGAAUCCUCCAGAGGAGCCGUACCAGACGCCACUGCCGUACCCGAAUCCUCCGGAGGAGCCGUACCAGACGCCACUGCCGUACCCGAAUCCUCCGGAGGAGCCAUACCUGACUCCUCCGGAGGAGCCACACUGGACUCCUCCACACUGGACUCCUUCGGAGGAGUUUUGCCCGAGGGACGUGUUGAAGCUCGGAGUUUGCGCCAACCUUCUCGGACUUAUUCCCAUUGCUAUCGGAUCCCCUCCUUCGCACGAGUGUUGUGCAUUGCUUGCAGGGUUGGUUGACCUAGAAGUUGCCGUAUGUCUUUGCACUGCCAUUAAGGCCAAUGUGCUUGGAAUAAACUUGGACGUGCCUAUUGCACUUAGCUUACUUGUUAGUGCUUGCCAAAAGGAAGUUCCUCCUGGCUUCGAAUGUAUAUAGGAAACUAAGGGCUCGGCUGAUCAUCUCAGUUUGUUCUGCCCUACUGCAUGUGUUCUUUAUUAGCUUUCAAGGUGUACGUGUUUCUUGUUGUUGUUAUUGGUGGGUUUGUUUUCUUUUUGCUUUCUCCAUAGAGUAAUGUGUGAUUUGUUCAAAUAAGUAGGCAAGUUUUUGCCCUAAUCAAUGUGUGUUUAUCAGAAUUAAUUCAUAUAUUUUCAGACUAUGCA